AUGGCGACCCCUUCUGCCGCUCCCGCUCCGCAAUCUGCGCCUGCGGUCAACGGCACCUCGAACCUUGAACUGGACGUAUCCAAGCUGCACGCCCUACCGACCGAGCAGCAAGACCUGUAUCUGUUGACGUUCGUGUCCGACUUCCAGCGCCACGUCGAGCAGUUGUCGGCGGAGGCCUUGCCUUCCCACCAGGCUUCGAUCAAGAAGGAAGUGAUCAAGAUCGUGGGUCUGGGUUCUCCUGUGCCAUCUCGCGUGAUUCGAAACGGCCUCGGAAGGAUCCUGGCAGAUGCGUUCGGUCGCGGCAGCCGCAGUCUCCUCUAUGAGACGGUCAACGAUCUCCUGGCUAUCUUGAAUGCGGGAAAGACGGACAAGGAGUUGGGUUCCAAACAUGCGGCCGUGGUUUGUCUGGGGGCCCUUUUCCGCGCGGCUGGAGACAGUGCCAUCAGUCUCUCUGGUCUCACGGUUGCAACAAUCCUCAAGCUCUUGAAGUCUUCCCAUGCUGGAAUCAGGGGGUGCGUCUUCCGGGCGCUGGGCGGGCUGAUCAUCGGGAUACAACGGAGCCUCGAUGAGCACGUUGCUCGGGAUAUCUGGAAACAAGCCCGGCAUGCUGCAACAGGUGAAAAAUCAACCUUUGUCCAGAGAUGUGCAUGUUCGUGCCUCCGCAGUCUGGCUAGCGAGACCGGCUACUUUAACAACUCGAAUGACUUUGACAACCUGAAGACGACCAUUUGGAAAGCAUUCGACAGUUCCACGCCACCUGUCAGGCACGCCGCCGCCGCCGCCAUGGCGGCUGCAUUGAACCAAGCAUAUUCUGCGAACGGUAGCGCCGAAGUACCGGUCUUGCGGAAACCGAAAAAGUCCAAGAAGCCAGGAGAUGACCUGGAUGAGGAAGUCGAGGCUGAACGGCCUGGCUCGCCGUCGGCUGGACAGGCCAAGACUUCGAUGCGGCUGACGUUCUCUUUGAACGAAGUUCUACGGGUCCUAUCGCAACAGUAUUGCCGGGCGUCGACAACGAACAAAUCUCGAGCAGGCAUUGCAGUCUGUUACAAAUAUCUCCUUCACUUACUGCCUCGGAAAGCCUUGGAGGAAAACUACGCCUCGAUAGCAGUGCAUACAUAUGCUGACUUGCUAAACCACCCAACCAUCUCCUUCAACCGACAUCGAUUGCUGCUUACCCGAAAACUGGUCCAGUGGAUACUUGCCGAUGUCACGGUCUUGUUGACGGAGAACGCCCAGGUUAACGCCGCACGCUACCUUAUUAAUGAUGUUGUCAAGAACUACCCUCAAGUGCUGCCAGAAAGACGCGAACCGUCCAAGCGGAUCCUUGCUGGAGCCUUGACUACUCUGACAGACUUGUUGUUGCGCUUAGGACCAGCUGCCAGCAUAUUUCAAGAUUCGUGCAGAGAGGCACUAUUCCAAGUCAUCCAGCACCCUAGCCACACGGUCCAGAGUCAUGCCGCUCAAUGCUUCAGGGCCUUUAUCCUCGCAUGUCCGACCCAGCUCAUGCGAACUAUCGAGCAUGCUAUGUCGCAUUUGCAGAAAGAAUUUCAGCCGUCCGACGGCAAGCAACCACACCGCAAGUCAAUCGGAUUUGCCGCGGCCAUUGCAGUUGCUGUAAGUUGCGCCCGCCAGAGACCGCUAUAUGGCUCCGUCCAGACAUAUUCGGCCAUUUUCACCUUUGCAACGGACUUGUUGAAGUCGAGUGCAGCCGCCGAACUACGGCUUUCGGCUAUGCAAGUUCAGGUCGCUUGGACCUUGAUUGGGGGUCUGAUGAGUUUAGGACCAAGCUUUGUAAAAGUCCACCUGAAUCAGCUCAUGUUGCUCUGGCGGAAUGCGCUGCCUCCUCCGCUGACCCAUGAGAACGCCGGGAAAAGAGGACAUUUGGAGCUCAGCUUUCUGUCCCACGUCCGCGAAUGUGCUUUGAGCUCACUGCUCAUGUUUCUCUCCUCUUGCAGUGGGCUGGUUACGACGGACGGCUCGAAGCGAAUCUCAACGAUGCUGCACAACACCAUACUUUUCCUCGAUAGCUUACCGCCUGCUCGGGAGUCAGAGGAUGUGUCUCACCGAUUAUUGCCAGCUCUGCAGCUGCAGGACUUUGCAAUAUUACUCCGCCGACGCGUACUCCAGUGCUUCAUUUCCUUGGUCAGCUUGAAGCAUCUCGAGCAAGGCGAUGUUGUGUCUCACUCGGAUCUAAUAGGCCUUACAAUGAGGACGUUCACCGAUCCGGAACGUCCGGUUCUGAAAAGCUUGGAAGCGUCACUGGCAAAUACUGCGAGCAACUUUGAGGGAUUGUGGGCCACCGAAGACAACUGGAGCUUCGGUGUCAGCAAUUUGGCAGACAGUUUCGACACCUACCUGCCUUUUGAGAGCCACAUUGAACUGAACACUGACACAUAUACGGAACAAGAGAUUUCUAUGCCAGAUAUCCUGGUCCGGUGCCCUGCCUUGCCAGCAAUUGAACACGAUCCCGCCUUGCUGGCAAGGCCGGAGAAUCGCCUGGAUGAAGCGGAGAUCAGUUCACCCGCAACAUCUUGCGUGAAUCUAGCGAUCAAGCUCUUCGCCAUAUCAUUGCCUCUCCAGUCUUCUCGAAUUCAAGAGAGCACGGUGGAGCAGCUAAUCACUGCGGUCUCUCAGCCACUCCAACGUGAACCAGGCAGAAAAGCAGCAAUGCAGAUCAACACCGCCCUCGCUUUUCUAUGCGCGCUCGCUGUUGCGAAUAACGAAACCCCGUACAAUUCCGGCAAAAUGCAUGUCGGCGCGGUGGGACAAGUCAUCAGCGAACUCUUGGACAGAUAUUUGUGCAACAUUGAUCCAAUCCUGCGGCACAUAGCUGCUCGUGCUAUAGGCCGUAUAUGCAACCUUGCUGGGACCCAAUUCACCAACAGGGAGGUCAAAGUUCUCAUCGAAACCAUAGUGGCCAAUCGAGACCCCAGUGCUCGUGCUGGGUGUGCUCUUGCGCUCGGAUAUAUCCACUCAGAAGUAGGCGCCAUGGCAGCCAGUCUUCACAUCAAGUCUAUCGUCGGCGUACUCCUAUCACUGUGCAGUGAUAGCCACACUACCGUUCAUUACUGGGCUCUCAAGGGGUUGCUUCUGGUGGCCGAGUCCGCUGGACUAGCUUUCUCCACAUACGCUACAAGCACUCUGGGCCUUCUUGCUCAGCUGUACUCAAGUGACACCCAUAACGAGGAAGCUGCGUCGCUGGCGACAUCUAACCUGGAGCUUGAGCUUUUCACACCUUUGGCUCUCGCUCAAUGCGUCGACAGCAUCAUCAACGUCUUGGGGCCCGACCUGCAAGACGUCUCCAAAGCGCGCAAUUUGAUACUGGUUCUGAUCGGCUACUUACAAAAAGAGCCUUCGGCACGAUUACGCAGUGCAAGUUAUCAAUGCCUUCGUCAUCUUUGCAUGUAUGCGCCGGCACAUCUUCAGUUUGCCAAAUACGUCCUGGAUCUGCAGGCCAAUCUUUCGUCUGAUGAAGAUCUUCUUCAGUCCGCUGCGAUGAAAUGCCUAAGGGAAUUGAUGAAAAGGAAUUCGGCAGAAGUUGCACGUGUGGCAACUUCUAAGCUGAGCGACGAUUUGUGGACACGCCUGGACGAGAAUCCGGAAAAUCAAGCCUUGCAAGGGAUGCUGCAGAACUGGAUGCAGCAAACCAUUCUUGUUGACACAGCCGCAUGGAUUGACAAAUGUCAAAGCAUCCUUUCCAGGACGAGAACAAAGGCUUCGGCACCAUCCCGAGUCACCACCGCGAAGACCGCCAUGCCAGACUUGGCAGAUGAAGAAGUUGCGGGCUUUGCUGCGGCCGCAGCAGCUGCACAAGGUGACGCCGCCGAUGCCGCGCCAGAAGGUCAAGAGUUUCUCCGCUGGCAGACAAGAGACUUUGCUAUGCGGUUGCUCAGCGAAUCAAUGGAUAUCAUCCAAGCAGCCAUGUCGCCCGACCGGGUUAUUCCUGCCGAGGAAGUUUUACAGGGCAAAGUCGCAGAUGUGAUUCGCGUUGCCUUUUCAGCCUCGACUGCCAACGUGGUCGAGCUCCGCAUUUGGGGUCUUCGAAUCAUUGACCAGAUCCUGAAGAUGUUUGGCAAGACUGCGGACCCUGAUUUCCUGGAAGCGUCUCUUCUCGAGCAAUAUCAAGCCCAAAUCAGCUCGGCUCUUACACCCGCCUUCGCUGCUGACUCGUCUCCAGAACUAGCGGCUGAAGCCAUCGGCGUAUGCGCUACUUUUGUUGCUACAGGGAUCGUGACCAACGCGGAACGCAUGGGUCGUAUUUUCAAGGUUCUUGCCAUGGGAGUGGACAAUCUCACCCAACCUGCCCCAGAAGCCGCAAUUGGUGAUCUGAAAGAUCUCAGUCCGAAUGCACAGGCCAUGCUUAAGAUGGGCAUUCUGUCUGGCUGGGCACAGCUACAGCUGGCAAGUUCUGACCAGCCGUUUCUAGAGGAAAUCCUGCAGCCAUUCAUUCCCAAACUGGCGCCGCUCUGGCUGACAUCGUUACAAGAGUUUGCUGGCUUGCGAUUUGAACCAGAAAUUUCAGAUACCCUGGGAGGCGAGAUUGCGGGCGGCAACUUGGAUGAACGAUACGCUUCCUUCAACCGCGAAGUCCGUCUAAAAUUCUACCAAAAGAACUGGCUAAGCAUUGUAGAUGCCAUUGCUGUGCUUGUGGAAAAGGACAGUGAGUCGGUGUUCGACGCACUCGAUAACAAACGCAAUUCUGCAGUUGACGGCCCCGCAGACGAAGCUGCUGCGCCUGGAAGAGACAUGAGCUUCCGUGAGGAACCUGUAGCGUUCUUUUUCAUCCUUUUCGGUCUGGCUUUUGAGGCCUUGGUGACCCAGGCUAGGGAAGACCCUUCGCAGGCGCUAUCAAUUCUGCAAGCUCUAAGGAAGAUACUGACCCCAGAAGUCUGUGGCAAUGCGAUCUACGAGGAGGCAGUGUUCAAUGAAACAACGGACACCUUGGACCGACUCGCUCUCACGAGCACGAGAGAGACGCAGAGCGUUCUGGUUGAAAUUGCGCGGAAUUUGUCGUUGGAUCACGUCGCGGCGAAGAAUCAAGAUCGCGAUGAAAAACUCUCAGAUGACAUUGAACAGCUGUUUGAGUUGACGAGGAUUAUCAUUUUGGUCUUGACGGGUCUCAUACCAACCCUCGAAGAUCCGCCAGGCCCUGCAUUUCGAAGGCUCGGAGACGAUGGCAUUGCCCUUGUACAACUCUGCUUCCAGGCGUUGGUGGAUGUGGCCUCGAUAUUUCCGGCUAUCAUUCGAGCGGAUCUGCAUGCCUGUAUCAUUCACAGCUACUGUACCCUGCUUGCGACUGGCGUUUGUCAGGAUGAAGUGCUGCCACAAAUCAUGCCUAUAUUCAAAACGUUCCUACAGGACGUUGUCCAGUCCGGCCCCGACGAAGUCAAUUCAAGGCUCGUCCGCGGGUGCUUGUAUCGCAUGCUAUCGAUUUUGGCUGUAGCUCAGCGCCGAGAAAACGAACAUGCGAUCACCUGUGCGAAGAACACCUUGCUGUCAAUGACAAUCUUGCUCACCACCGCCAGCUCGGUGGUUCCAGCCAACGACGAGCUUAUUACUAAAUCACUAUCGGAAUUACUCGACUGCCUUCAGGACGUGGGCCUUGCCAAAAUCGCAGCUGGCUGUAUGCGGUCAUUGCUUGUCACGAAUCCCAAGACACCCUGCGAUGACGCAGUUGGAAGAAUCCUAUGGACACGGCUGCUACCAUACGUGAGCGACCCGGAGGCAGAGGAUCCAGAGAGCGUGAAGACGGCAUUGACACAAGCUCUCGUCGCGGCCGUGGUGACUAUCAGAGCCACAGGUCGAUUUGCUGCCAUGUCCAUAUUGGUACCCUUGCUCCUGCUUCGUGCCAAACAGAUUCCUAGAGGAAGUAGCCUGGACGCUAUGCGGAAAGAGAGCGCCGCAAGGCUGCUCGAGCUUGUGGCGACGGAUCAGGUAGCGUUCAGAAUGACGGUGGGUUUGUUGGACGAGGACCAGCGCUCGGAUUUGGAAAACCUCCUGCGUGCUGCUGGUGUUGGCAAAAAACAGGAAGCCACUGAAGAGGAAAGUGUGCAAGCGAGGCCGGCCAUUGAGUUGCGCAUGGAUUUUGGAUGA